CUCAGUUUCCAAACUGCCAGAACCAGACACACGACCCAGUUUGGGGAGCAGCCGGCUGCGGGGCAGGCUUCCUGCCUGCUGUGCCCUGCCAGGAACCAGAGGGCAGCUGCUGUGGCCUGGGCUGGCUCCACAGCCGCUCGGAGCUCAGGCUGGGGAGUGUCUGCUGGGAGGGGUUUCUGUAGCUCAGACUCCUGAGAGCGGCUUUUCUCAUCACGGAUUGGGCGCCUACUGUGUGCGUGCCCGAAUCACAGGCUGUGCGGGGUUAGCUCCUGGGGACCCCAGCCACAGGCAGAGGCUGUGGUGGAGACCCCCAUCAUGUGCAGACCCAAGACCGAGUUAGGUAGCAGGAGUGCAGGGGUGGGGUCUGGCUAGAGGCUGGUCUGCUCCCAGGUGCAGAGACCCAGAGAACUCGCCCAGGUGAGGGGUGGGAAGGAGGCAGGUGGUUGGAAGGUUGAAUGGGGCAGUGCCGCCAGCUGUGCAGAAGCGGAGGGGUGGACCCCAGGGGCUCCAUGCUGGGCGGUGGUCUUCUGUGUGGGGUCCGUGUUCCAUGGCCUGAGGGAGUCAGAGACACAAAGGUCCGGGAACAGGACACCUGGUGCUUCUUCGAGCUCCACCCAGAAGUCCACAGUCCAGGCUGCCCCAGCUCCAAACCCUGCAGCCAGGAGUUAGUGCAUUUGAGUGCUUGUGUACAUAUGAGUGUACGGGUGUGUUCAGGUGCGGGUGAGCUGUCCGUAUGUGUGGGAGUGUUCGGGUAUCACAGGUGGUUCUUCGGCUGCAUCUCCCGCUCUGAAGCCGUGCAUCGGCUGCAGUCCUCCGGCAAUGCCGAGGGUGCCUUCCUGAUCAGGGUCAGCGAGAAGCCGAGCGCCGACUACGUCCUCUCGGUGCGGGACACGCAGGCUGUGCGGCACUACAAGAUCUGGCGGCACGUCGGGGGCCGGCUGCACCUGAAUGAGGCAGUGUCCUUCCUCAGCCUGCCUGAGCUUGUGAACUACCACAGGACCCAGAGCCUGUCCCACGGCCUGAGGCUGGCCGCACCCUGCCAGAAGCACAAGCCUGAGCCUCUGCCUCACUGGGACUACUGGGAGAGGCCCAGGGAGGAGUUCACGCUCUGCAGGAAGCUGGGUUCUGGCUACUUUGGGGAGGUCUUCGAGGGGCUCUGGAAAGACCGGGUCCAGGUGGCCAUUAAGGUGAUUUCUCGAGACAAUCUCCUGCACCAGCAGACGCUGCAAUCGGAGAUCCAGGCCAUGAAGAAGCUUCGGCACAAACACAUCCUUGCGCUGUAUGCUGUGGUAUCUAUGGGGGACCCCGUGUACAUCAUCACCGAGCUCAUGGCCAAGGGCAGCCUGCUGGAGCUGCUUCGCAACUCUGAUGAGAAAGCCCUGCCUGUCUCGGAGUUGCUGGACAUUGCAUGGCAGGUAGCCGAGGGCAUGUGUUACCUGGAGUCGCAGAAUUACAUCCACCGCGACCUGGCCGCCAGGAACAUCCUCGUUGGGGAAAACACCCUCUGCAAAGUCGGGGACUUCGGGCUAGCCAGGCUCAUCAAGGAGGACGUCUACCUCUCCCACAACCACAAUGUCCCCUACAAGUGGACGGCCCCCGAAGCGCUCUCCCAAGGGCUUUACUCCAGCAAGUCUGACGUCUGGUCCUUCGGGAUUCUCCUGCAUGAGGUUUUCAGCAGGGGCCAGGUGCCCUACCCAGGCAUGUCCAACCAUGAGGCCUUCCUGAGGGUGGAUGCUGGCUACCGAAUGCCCUGCCCCCCCGCGUGCCCACCCAGUGUGCGCAAGUUGAUGCUGACGUGCUGGUGCAGGGACCCUGAGCAGAGACCCUGCUUCAAGACCCUUCGGGAGAAGCUCUCCAGCUUCACGAGCUACGAGAACCCCACCUGAGCUGCUGUGGAUGGCAUGACCAGGCCCUGCAGAGGAGGGGCCUGGGCCACUGCCCCACCUGGGGUCAAGGCCCACACACCGCCCUGGGGUUACUGAGGUGAUGGGAGCAGGAAAGCUUCACAAAUGAGCAGUGCCUGUGUCCUAUCCACAAGCGUGCUGCUCUUGUUAACCUGUCCUGUGAGACGUGGAAUGCCUGCGUUCCAUACACGGGUGUGAUUCUCUUGUUAACCUGUCGUGUGUGCCUUGGGUCUCAGCUGCCGACAGGCAGCCUGCUCUGAGCCCACAGAUGAGAUGCCAGGAGACUGACUCGGAGGUCAGAGGGGAUUCUGACCGCAGCCACUCUCUGAGUGUCUGUCCACAGUGCCCAGUUAAGGGUGGGAGGCAAACACUCUUGUCCUUGCUUUUCCCAGUUCAGUGUGGCAAGAGGAAGCCAUUCAUGUGGGUUGUGACUCUCGUGUAAAUUUGGUUUUGGUACAAAUGGAUCCUUUCCUCCCAGGGGCAGCUGCUUUUCUCCUGUUGGGCUCAUGUUCUGAGAGCUUGGCUUUACGAAGGGUGAGAAUGCUCUCCCUGGCCUCCGCCAGCCUGAGCAUCACUGCCAGACGCGCCAGCUCACAGGGGCUUUGUAAAAAGGUUUCCUGCCCACAAGGGCUUUUGUUGCCUCCACCUCUGUCACUGGGUCAGUGCUGGACAGCCCCCUCGCUCCUGUGCUGACAAAGGCCUUCCUCUGCUGUCUGUGGGGUGGUUCCAGGCUGGGGGGCUGCCGCCUUUGCACACCCUUUUGAAAUUGUCUCUUUCAUCCAUGGUUAAGUCAUAAAAAGCUCAUCGGUUUUGGUUCUGAGUCACUUGAAAGUCUUUUUGGUUUAAAAUAAGAACAAAAAAAGCAUUCAAUACUAUAAUUUUUACUGUGUUCCAGCAAAAAUGUGAAUAGGAUAUUUGAAAGUAUUUUUUUUUUUAGUUUUCUGGUCAAAAGUUGGCUUGAUGAGAAACUGAUAGCUGGACAUGUAUACCAUCAUUGUUUGUUUGUUUUGAUAUGGAGUCUCGGUGUGUUGCCCAGGCUGGAGGGCAGUAGUGUGAUCUCGGCUCACAGCAACCUCUGCCUCCUGGGUUCAAGUGAUUCGCCUGCCUCAGCCUCCCAAGUAGCUGGGAUUACAGGCACGAGCCACCAUGCCCGACUAAUUUUUGUAUUUUUAGAAGAGGCAGGGUUUCACCAUGUUGGCCAGGCUGGUCUCAAACUCCUGACCUCAAAUGAUCCACCCGCCUCAGCCUCCCAAAGUUGGAACUACAGGCCUGAGCCACCGUGGCCAGCCUAAUCUUUGAAGGCUUCACUCUCUUUUAAAAUAGAGAUGGGGGGUCUCACUAUGUUGCCCUGGCUGAUCUUGAGCUUCUGGGCUGAAGCCUCCUCCCCCUCGACCUCUCAGUGCUGGGGUUACAGGCGCGAGCCAAGCCCCGGCCCCAAGGCCUCUCUCGCUUCUCCCACGGGAGUCUCAGUUCCAGAAAGCUCUCCCUGCUGCCCGCGGGUGUCGGCUCUACCAGCUCGCCCGCUCCCUGCUGGAACUUGCUGGCGUCGGCCGCGCCUCUGAGCCUUUUCGCUCCUCCUUCCUCCACCAACUCUGUUCUCCCGUCGGCCCCCACGAGUCCUCGCUGUGUCCCCCAUGCCUGCGGCUCCUACACCUCCAUGUCUGCCCCACGGGACCCCUGCUUCCCACGCCAGCCCCGGGCACUGGGACUCCAGGCCUUCCCGCUCCCAAGGGACUCUCGGUCCGAAACGCAACUGCCGGGGGCUGGGAACGCUGACCUGGACUGUGGCGCCUGGGGCUUCCCCCAACCCCCCGCGUCAGCAACGGGCUCCCGGAAACAGAGUCCCAGAAACAGAGUUCCGGAAACGGGCUCCCGGAAACGGAGUCCCGGAUGUGAGUCCGUGGCCUCCUCAAGGUUGACCUCUGACCUUAGGCAGACAUGUGCCCAGAUUCCUUUGAACAGUUUCUUCUCGGUGCCUUUGAGACGUUAAGUUUCUACCUCGUUUCUUCUAACACCCGAGUCAUGUGUUUGAAAAUACAAAUUUCAAGGAAAUGAUUGUCCUCAGGGGGAAAGAAAAAGAAAACCUUUUUGAAAAUUGGGCAAAUAAAAUAAUUUAAAAGUCUUUUCCACAAAUAUUAGUAAAAAGCUUUAGUCAUCUGAGUGAGUAAUCUUAACUUGUCCCAUUUUGGCUAGAAACACACCUUGGAGCGGGGCGAGGUGGCUCAUGCCUGUAAUCCCAGCACUUCGGGAGGCUGAAGCGGGCGGAUCACGUGGCGUCAGGAGUUCGAGAUCAGCCUGACCAAUAUGGUGAAACGACGUCUUUAAAAAAGAAAAAAAAAAAGAAACACACCUUGGAGAGAAAUAUAAAGAAAGACCAGCCUGGGCAACAGAGAUAGACCCCAUCUUUACCAGCUGGGUGUGGUGCCGUUCACCUGUGGUCCUGGCUCCUCGUGAGGCUGAGGCAGGAGGUCGAGGCUGCAGUGAGCUGUGAUUACACCACUGCACUCCAGCCUGGACAGCAGAGUGAGAGCCUGUCUCAAAAAAUAAAAAAUACUGAAGAUACACCUGUGUUUUACUGAGUGGAGAAUAAAAAUUCUAGAACAACA